AUGGAGCAAAGGACGCUGAGUGGUCGCUAUUCGCAAGGAGAGAGAGCCAGAUCGUCGACGGCGAGGCGUCCUGUGCGUCAGCACAGCCCCACCGGUGGGGAGAAUGUGCCUCAGGGACAGC